AUGACAAGCGAGAACCCGGUGCCAGUCAUCAUCAUGCCGGGCUCCCUGUCGCUCUCGGACCGUCAUCCUGGUCCCGGGCUCCACGUCGCUGCGGCCAAAACCAUCAUGAUGUCCGGCUCUGGCUCAGCGGUCCUCCCGGCUGGGAUGAUCAAUCCUGCGGUUCCCAUCCGGAAUAUCAAGACGAAAUUCGCUGUUCUCAUCGGACUCAUCCAGGCUGGAUCUGUCAGCAACCGGGAUAUUGUUGAAACGGUGCUCAAUUUGUUGGUGGGGGGUGAAUUUGACCUGGAGACAAACUUCAUCAUUCAAGAUGCAGGAAGCAUUGGCUGCAUGCUGGAGCUACAGGAACACUGUGAUGUCACCUGCCAGGCUGAGAUCUGGAGCAUGUUCACUGCCAUCCUUCGGAAAAGUGUAAGAAAUCUCCAAACGAGCACUGAAGUGGGACUCAUUCAACAGGUGCUGCUCAGAAUGAGAUCAGUGGAUGACAUGAUUGCAGACCUGCUGGUGGAGAUGCUGGGUGUACUAGCCAGCUACAGCAUCACCGUGAAGGAACUGAAGCUGUUCUUCAGCAUGCUACGAGGAGAAGGAACCUUCUGGCCAAAGCAUGCAGUAAAAAUGUUGUCAGUGCUGAAUCAGAUGCCUCAGAAACACGGUCCAGAUGUCUUCUUCAACUUCCCUGGUCGAAGCGCAGCAGCAAUUGCUUUACCUCCUAUUGCUAAGUGGCCUUAUCAGAACGGGUUUACAUUCAACACCUGGUUCAGAAUGGAUCCAUUAAAUAAUAUCAGCGUCGACAAGGACAAACCAUAUCUCUACUGCUUUCGCACCAGCAAGGGCAUUGGUUACUCUGCACAUUUUGUUGGGAACUGCAUGAUUGUGACAUCGCUCAAGUCGAAAUGGAAAGGUUUUCAGCAUUGUGUGAAGUAUGACUUUCAGCCCAGGAAGUGGUACAUGAUCAGCAUAGUUCACAUCUACAGCCGCUGGAGGAACAGUGAAAUCAGAUGCUACGUGAACGGACAGCUCGUUUCUUAUGGAGACAUGGCCUGGCACGUUAAUACGAACGAUAGCUAUGAUAAGUGCUUUCUUGGGUCUUCAGAGACAGCAGAUGCUAACAGAGUAUUCUGUGGACAGCUUGGAGCUGUCUACGUAUUCAGUGAAGCCCUCAAUCCUGCACAGAUAUUUGCAAUUCAUCAGCUUGGACCUGGCUAUAAGAGUACAUUUAAGUUCAAGUCGGAGAGUGAUAUCCACUUAGCAGACCAUCACAAGCAGGUGUUGUAUGAUGGCAAAUUGGCUGGCUCCAUUGCCUUCACUUAUAACGCCAAGGCCACUGAUGCACAGCUUUGCCUGGAGUCUUCACCUCGUGAAAAUGCCUCAAUUUUUGUGCACUCACCACAUGCCCUUAUGCUUCAGGAUGUGAAAGCCACAGUUACGCACUCCAUCCACAGUGCCAUUCACUCCAUUGGUGGUAUCCAGGUGCUCUUUCCACUCUUUGCUCAGUUGGACCAUCAUCAAUCGAAGGACAGCCAAGUGGAAACUACAGUCUGUGCCACACUCUUAGCCUUUCUGGUUGAGCUGCUGAAGAGCUCUGUGGCCAUGCAGGAGCAGAUGCUGGGAGGAAAAGGCUUUCUGGUGAUUGGGUACCUGUUAGAGAAGUCUUCACGUGUGCACAUCACCAGGGCUGUACUGGAGCAGUUCCUCUCCUUUGCAAAGUAUCUUGAUGGCCUAACACAUGGAGCUCCGCUGCUGAAGCAGCUGUGUGACCACAUCCUGUUCAAUGCUGCCAUUUGGAUAUACACUCCUGCCAAGGUCCAGCUGUCCUUAUACACGUAUCUUUCUGCCGAGUUCAUUGGCACAGCAACCAUCUACAACACAAUCCGUCGGGUUGGCACCGUCCUCCAGCUUAUGCACAUGCUGAAGUAUUACUACUGGGCCAUCAACCCUGUAGACAACAGCGGCAUCACUCCAAAGGGUCUUGAGGUCCUCAUUGGCCGUUUGAAAGAAAUGAAAAACGUGCUGGUGGGCUCCGGAUGGACCACUGGACCUUCGCUGUGCGUCCCUGCUCAUAGGUCCAUGUGGGCAGGCUAUCAGCUCUCACCAAUGGGUCUGGAGGAUGAAAAUCUGCAUGAUGUGUUACAGUUGGUGGUGGCUCUGAUGUCUGAGCACCCAGCUUCCAUGAUCCCUGCUUUUGACCAGAAAAAUGGAAUUCGGGUAGUCUACAAGCUCUUGGCCUCUAAGAGUGAAAACAUCUGUGUGCAGUCUCUCAAAAUUCUUGGUUACUUCUUGAAACACCUGGGACACAAAAGGAAGGUGGAGAUAAUGCACACACACAGCCUUUUUACUCUUCUGGGUGAGAGGCUUAUGUUGCACGCCAGCGCUGUGUCUGUUACAACAUAUAACGCCCUGUAUGAGAUUCUGACAGAGCAGGUGUGCACGCAAGUAGUUCACAAACCUCAUCCUGAUCCCGACUCCACUGUCAAGAUUCAAAACCCCAUGAUUCUGAAGGUGGUAGCAACUUUACUGAAGAACUCUGCUCCCAGUACAGAGAUGAUGGAGGUUCGGCGGCUAUUCCUUUCAGAUAUGAUCAAACUUUUUAGCAACAGCCGAGAGAACAGACGAUGUCUGCUGCAGUGUUCUGUUUGGCAGGACUGGAUGUUUUCUCUGGGCUACAUCAACCCUAAAAACACAGAAGAGCAGAAAAUCUCUGAGAUGGUGUACAACAUAUUUCGUAUUCUGCUCUACCAUGCCAUCAAGUACGAAUGGGGAGGAUGGCGUGUGUGGGUGGACACUCUUUCCAUAGCCCACUCUAAGGUGACAUAUGAGGCACACAAAGAAUAUCUAGCUAAGAUGUAUGAAGAGUACCAACGUCAGGAAGAAGAAAAUAUCAAGAAAGGAAAGAAGGGUUUGGUCAGCACUAUCUGUGGCUUAUCUGCUCAGGCCUCUGGUAUUAAAGGUGUGAUGGAGAUUGGAGAAAUGGACGAUAACUCCCAAACACCUGAAAGUGAGACAGAAUACGAGAGUGCAGACUCGCGCAACCUGCUGACUGAAAGGAAGGGACCUGAAGACGGUGCUGUAGAUGGUGUCAGGGUUGAAGUUCAUGACCUGCUGGUGGACAUCAAGGCUGAAAAGGUGGAAGCUACAGAAGUUAAGCUGGAUGAUAUUGACAUGUCCUCUGAAACUUUGGGAGUGUCUGAGAAUGGACCACUAGUUGAGGUGGAUUCUCUGUUGGAUAACGUUUACUGUGCUGUUGUGGGAAAGCUUGAUGGUAAUGUCAGCAGUAUGCUGUUACCAAAGGACAGAAUGGAUGGCCAUAGUACAGCCCCUCUUAUCACUCUGGAUGAUGACAAGGACGGCAUUCCUCACAGCGAUGACUUCCUGUUUGGCAAAGUGACAGGCGGUGUAGAGGACAAGCUGCUGCCUAAUCUAAGUCCAGCUGUGCCUCUGGUCCUGCCCAGUGCAGAGCUGCCUGUUCACACUAACCCAAGGGACGAGUUUGGCCUUCUGGCUCACAUGACAGGAAGCUCCUUGCCCAGCAUCCUAGAAAAGGAUGAGUUUGACCUUAAGACGGUUCUUGAAGGUAUCAGCUCUGUCACAGGAACUGAAAAUGAGAACUCCUCCAAAAUCUCACAAGCCACUGAAGGUUCAUCUGGAUUAGUUUCCUUGUCUGAUAAGAACAUAGAUUCAAGCCAUACUCCUGACACUGCAAGAUCAGAUGAUGGCAAAAAGAAGGAAAUGAAAAAGAUUCAGACUACUGCUACUACACAGAGCGUGCAUGGACGUCUAGUUUCUCAGACGGAAAAGGAUAUAUGUGUGGACCUUGGCUUCAGAGCAGGACCCAUGACAGAGGAACAGCGACGCCAGUUCAGCCCUGGUCCACGCACUACAAUGUUCCGCAUCCCAGAAUUUAAAUGGUCAGCCAUGCAUCAGAGGCUGCUCACCGACCUGCUGUUUGCACUGGAGAGUGACGUCCACACCUGGAGAAGCCACUGCACCAAAUCUGUCAUGGACUUUGUUAACAGUAAUGAGAACAUCAUUUUUGUGCACAACACCAUCCAUCUCAUCUCCCAAAUGGUGGACAACAUCAUUAUAGCCUGUGGAGGGAUAUUGCCCCUUCUUUCAGCAGCCACCUCUCCUUCUUCGGAGUUGGAGAACAUCGAGGCAACACAGGGCAUGUCCUCAGAAACAGCCAUCACUUUCCUGUCCCGUCUCAUGGUUAUGGUCGAUGUUUUAGUCUUUUCGAGUUCCCUCAACUUCAGUGAGAUUGAGGCAGAGAAGAACAUGUCCUCCGGUGGCCUGAUGCGCCAGUGCCUCAGACUGGUGUGUUGUGUAGCUGUAAGGAGCUGUCUGGAGUGCAGGCAGAGACACAGCAACAGAACUCAGGAAAUACUACAAAAUACUGUGACUUUGAACAAGACCAUCAUGGAAACCGUCCCUACCAACCUGUCUCCCAUCAAGGACUCCGAUCACCUUCUGCAGGAUGUGGACAUCAAUCGGCUUCGAGCUGUAGUGUUUCGUGAUGUGGAUGACAGCAAACAAGCCCAGUUCUUGGCUCUAGCUGUAGUUUACUUCAUCUCUGUCCUCAUGGUCUCAAAAUACCGUGACAUCCUUGAGCCUCAGUGUGAAACUGCCAAGAUAAGCAGCCAAUCAGGCCACAGCAUGUGCCAAGAGAUCAACUCACUUACCAGAAAAGAAACACCACCAACAUUCCCAAACAUGUCAUCAGAAAACUUUCAUUUAGAAAGUGGUUUGCCCCUCACAGACUCUGGGAUUGGAGAUGAGCAAGUAGCCAAGAUCCUUAAUGGUUCUGAUCUGAAUCACAGAGUGGGACAACCUGGCAUCAUGGGCGAGCUCAUUUCCACGCUGUCCUCAGAAGUAAAAGAGUCCCAGGAGAGCCUGUCUGAGUGUCAUGAUGUGGUAGUGCUCAAACCACCCUCCUCCAUCAUCAGCAUUAAUCAGUCUAACAAGGGCAUCAAUGUCAAGGAGAUUUUGAAAAGUCUGGUAGCGGCACCGUUGGAGGGAGUUGAGGCUGGACUGGAGCCAGUGUCCUUCUCAGACUCUGUAGCCAAGGCCCAGGCUGUACUGCCAGUGCAGUUUCACUCCUUUGACAGGAGUGUGGUGGUACCCUUAAAGAAAACCUCCCCUGGCAGUUUACCAGUGAACCCACAGGGAACCACCAGCAGCAGCACCUCCCCUGGACUGACUACAUGCAGCACCCCCAACAUCUUUGCUGCUGCCUCUGCAACCCCUAAAAGCAUGAUCAACACAACUGGAGCCACUGAGCCAACCUCCACCACCUCAUCAUCUUCCUCCAGUUUUGUAAAUGGAGCUACAAGUACAAAUCUUCCAGCCGUUCAAACAGUGGCCCCCAUGCCUGAAGACACAGUUGAAAACAUGAGCAUCACUACAAAACUAGAACGGGCCUUGGAGAAAGUAGCACCCUUGCUGCGAGAGAUCUUUGUAGACUUUGCACCUUUUCUGUCACGAACCCUGCUGGGCAGCCAUGGACAAGAGUUGCUUAUAGAAGGUUUAGUGUGUAUGAAGUCAAGCACAUCAGUGGUGGAGCUUGUGAUGCUGCUUUGUUCUCAGGAAUGGCAGAACUCGAUUCAGAAGAAUGCUGGCCUCGCUUUCAUUGAGCUCAUCAAUGAAGGAAGGUUGCUGUGCCAUGCCAUGAAGGACCACAUAGUUCGCGUUGCCAACGAGGCUGAAUUUAUCCUCAACAGACAGAGAGCAGAGGACGUCCACAAACAUGCAGAGUUUGAGUCCAGCUGUGCACAAUAUGCAGCUGAAAGAAAAGAGGAAGAGAAGAUCUGUGACCACCUGAUCAGUGCUGCUAAACACAGAGAUCAUGUAACGGCCAACCAGUUAAAGCAGAAAAUUGUCAACAUCCUCACCAACAAGCAUGGUGCCUGGGGUACACUGGGCCACCAGAGUCAGCUGCAUGACUUCUGGCGUCUCGACUACUGGGAAGAUGACCUGCGACGGCGGAGGAGAUUCGUCAAAAACCCAUUUGGCUCCACCCACUUAGAUGUUCCCUGCAAGUUGUUGCAGGAAUAUGAUUUGAAGGCCGAUGACUUGGUGAAGCCUAAGAUUGUUUUCCGUAGCCCGACUGUGGCCAGUCAGAGCCCAGAGACAGAACUGAUACUGGACGGGGACAAUGACAGCGUCAGCCUGCUGCAGGAGAAGGAGGUGGACAACUUGGGUGGCCCGGUGGUUCUGAGUAGCUCGGCCCAGCUUGUUGCCCCGGUCCUGGUCGCGCGCGGCACCCUGUCCGUCACCACCUCUGAAAUCUACUUUGAGGUGGACGAAGAGGACCCUGCGUUCAGAAGGGUCGACCCAAAGAUCUUGGCAUACACUGAGGGUUUACAUGGGAAGUGGAUGUUCAGUGAAAUCCGAGCUGUCUUUUCCAGACGCUACCUUCUGCAGAACACUGGAAUGGAAGUCUUCAUGGCUAACAGAACAUCUGUAAUGUUCAACUUUCCUGACCAGGCCACAGUAAAGAAAGUGGUCUACUGCCUCCCUCGAGUGGGUGUGGGAACCAGCUAUGGCCUUCCUCAAGCCAGGCGUAUUUCACUGGCAACUCCGCGACAACUUUUCAAAUCUUCCAACAUGACCCAGCGCUGGCAGAGAAGAGAAAUCUCCAACUUUGAGUACCUCAUGUUUCUCAACACUACAGCAGGGAGGACAUAUAAUGACCUGAACCAGUACCCUGUCUUUCCUUGGGUCCUUACCAACUAUGACUCUGAGGAGCUGGACCUGACCUUGCCUGGGAACUUCAGAGAUCUUUCAAAGCCUGUAGGUGCAUUAAAUCCAAAACGAGCAGCGUUUUAUGCUGAACGCUAUGAGACCUGGAAGGAUGAUCAGAUCCCACCUUGUCAUUAUGACUCCCACUACUCCACCACUGCCACCACCCUGCAUUGGCUUGUCAGAAUAGAGCCCUUCACUACGUUUUUUCUCAACGCCAAUAAAAACAAAUUUGACCAUCCUGACCGCACGUUUUCUUCCAUUGCUCGCUCCUGGAGAAACUGUCAAAGAGACACAUCUGAUGUAAAGGAACUGAUUCCCGAGUUUUACUAUCUUCCCGAGAUGUUUGUCAACAGUAACGGCUACCAUCUUGGAAUGAGGGAAGAUGGAAACAUGAUCUGUGAUGUCGACUUGCCGGCAUGGGCCAAAAAGCCUGAGGACCUUGUUAGGAUAAACAGAAUGGCUCUGGAAAGCGAGUUUGUGUCAUGUCAGCUACAUCAGUGGAUUGACCUUAUUUUCGGCUACAAACAGCGAGGCCCAGAGGCAGUGCGUGCCCUCAACGUAUUUCAUUACCUGACUUAUGAAGGCGUCAUCAGCCUGGACAGUAUCACUGACCCUUUGUUCAGAGAGGCCACAGAGGCGCAGAUCCAGAGCUUUGGACAGACGCCAUCCCAGUUGCUUAUCGAGCCACAUCCUCCACGCAGCUCCGCCAUGCACCUGUGUUUCCUUCCACAGAGUCCUCUCAUGUUCAAAGACCAGAUGCAGCAGGAUGUCAUAAUGGUGUUGAAGUUUCCAUCCAAUUCGCCAGUAACCCAUGUGGCUGCCAACACCCUGCCCCAUCUCACCAUACCCGCUGUGGUUACUGUCACAUGCAGCCGACUGUUUGCCGUCAAUCGAUGGCACAACACUGUAGGUCUCAGAGGAGCACCAGGAUACUCUCUGGAACAGGCACAUCAUCUCCCCAUAGAGAUGGAUUCACUGGUUGCCAACAACACUGGCAGCAACAAGCGUCAGAUCACAGACCUAGUGGACCAAAGCAUUCAAAUCACCACACACUGUUUUGUGGUGACAGCUGACAACCGCUACAUCCUGGUGUGUGGCUUCUGGGACAAGAGCUUCCGUGUGUACUCCUCAGAGACAGGCAAGCUGACUCAGAUCAUUUUUGGCCACUGGGACGUGGUGAUCUGUCUGGCCAGAUCGGAGUCUUACAUCGGUGGAGACUGCUACAUUGUUUCUGGGUCCAGAGAUGCUACUCUGCUGCUGUGGUACUGGAGUGGGCGCCAUCAUAUCAUUGGCGACAAUCCCAGUAAUGGUGACUAUCCAUCCCCACGAGCAGUUCUGACUGGUCAUGACCAAGAAGUAGCAUGUGUGUCAGUCUGUGCAGAACUGGGCCUAGUCAUCAGUGGAGCCAAAGAGGGUCCGUGUUUGGUCCACACCAUAACAGGGGACCUACUGCGGGCUCUGGAAGGACCAGAUAACUACCAGUGCCCACGACUCAUCACAGUGUCCAGCGAAGGCCACUGCAUCAUCUACUAUGAGAGGGGUUGCUUCUGCAACUUCAGCAUUAAUGGAAAGCUUCUGGCACAAAUGGAGGUUAAUGAUUCCACAAAGGCAAUUCUUCUGAGCAGCGAUGGGCACAACCUGGUGACGGGGGGAGAUAAUGGCAUCGUGGAGGUGUGGCAGGCAUGUGACUUCAGAAAGCUCUACAUUUAUCCAGGCUGUGAUGCAGGCAUUCGAGCCAUGGACCUAUCACAUGAUCAAAGGACUUUAAUCACAGGCAUGGCAUCUGGCAGUAUUGUGGCAUUUAACAUAGAUUUUAACCGAUGGCACUACGAACACCAAAACAGGUACUGAUGAGACAAAUGCCUUCAAAAAGAUUUGGAAAGCUAAAAGAUCAACCUGUGAUGACGCUGGGCAGCAGAAGAUAAAAAGAGCAUCCAAGAGGUCACGUCGAAGGGAGAAC